CUUUAAGAAAGAAAGAAAAAUGUUUUCAUACAUGAUUUCAAAAGAAUGUUUUAUAUUGAUCUUCUUCAUCUUCAAUUAAGAUCGCUCGCUAGAUGAACUGCACAACACUUCUUCGCCUUCGUUAUUACACUACUUAUCAUCUCAAUCAAAGAAUUCUACAACUUAAAAAUGCUUCCGGACCCACCAAGGUCGAUGAUGCCCUCCAACUGUUUGAUGAAAUGCUUCAGAGACAACCUCCACCUAACAUCUUCCAAUUUACUAAGCUGAUUACUGGCAUUGUAAAGAUGAAACAUUAUUCCACUGCUCUUAUGCUCAUUAAGCAAAUGAAGUUGAUGGGUAUUCCUACUAAUAUCUAUACUAUCAACAUCUCUAUUAACUGUCAUUGCCGGUUGAAUCAAGUUGCUUACGGUUUUGCCUUACUCGCAACCAUCUUCAAGCAAGGUCAUCCGCCCAAUUUGGCUACAUAUAGCACUCUCAUUCAUGGGCUUGUUCUUGCUGAUCGGGUCUUUGAAGCUGUUGAGUUGUUCAAGAAACUGCUUAGAGAGAAAGUUUGUGAGCCUGAUCAGAUUACGUUUGGAAUCGUUAUUAAUGGACUGUGUAAAGUAGGUCACACUAGCAAGGCCCUUGAACUGCUCAGGUACAUGGAAUCAGGCUCUUGUAAACCAGAUGUAGUACAGUACAGUGCAGUCAUUGAUAGCCUCUGCAAAGAUCGAAUGGUUGAUAAUGCAUUAGAGUUAUUUUCGCAUAUGACUGAAAAGGGUGUCCAUGCGAACGUUAUCGCUUACAACUCUUUGAUUCAGGGUCUAUGUAACUUUGGUCGAGAGACAGAAGCUGCAAAGAUAUUGAUGGAUAUGGAGGAAAAAGGGGUAUCUCCAGGAGUGGAUACCUUUACUAUCUUGGUGGAUUCUUUUUGCAAGAAAGGAUGCGUAAAAGAUGCAGAGCUUGCUGUACAAGCAAUGGUACGAAGAGGUCUUCAUCCAAACGUAAUAACUUAUAGUGCACUAAUUGACGGAUACUGUUUACGUGGUGAAAUAGAGGAAGCAGAGAAUGUUAUGGAUCGUAUGUUGGAGCAGGAUAUUGUGCCCAAUAUCAUCACCUAUAGCAUCCUGAUAAACGGAUACUGUAAGAAGAAGAGAAUCGAUGAGGCCAGGCAUCUCUUUCAAGAAAUCCAAGACAAGGGUUUGAUUCCGGACGUUAUUACUUACAAUAUCAUGUUACAAGGCUUGUUUCUAUCAGGGCAUCCUGCAACGGCUAUAGAACUGUUUAACAAGAUGCAAGAAAAGGGCCAGGCUCCCAGUAUAUACACCUAUCGUAUCUUGUUGCAUGGAAUGUGCAAAAACUCCAAGUGUUCUGAUGCCUUGGCUCUCUUCCGUUCGCUGGGGAAUGAAGAAUUGAUGGAAGAUGUAGGGUUGUAUAAUAUAUUGACUGACGGUUGUAGCAAAUGUGGGAAUCCUAACGUGGCUAUGGAUCUGUUUGAUGAACUCUGUUUGAAAGGAUUGAAACCUGAUGUUAGGACAUAUACAGUGAUGAUAAGCGUGUAUUGCCAAGAAGGGUUAUUUGUUGAAGGUAAAGAAUUGCUUAGAAAGAUGGAAGAGAAUGGUUGUUUGCCAGAUAGUGUGACGUACAAUGUGAUUGUUCAGGAAUUCUUGAAGCAAAAAGCAUUCCAAGAAGCAGAGAUUCUUCUCGAGGAGAUGAUUAGCCGAGGUUUCUCGACUGAUUCCACUACUUUUGAGAUGUUGCUUAACCAAAUCCCGAGCACAGGACAAGAUUCUCCUAUGCAAACUAUCAUUCAAAAGCUAAUAAAUAUUAAAUGAAUCAAUUGAUAAGUUGUGUAAAACGCCAUUUGCUGGUG